AAGCUCCCAAAUUACCAACGACGUCACGUUUUCUGGGAAUUGAUUCUCACUACUCUAUCCCUUCCUUAAACUACACCAUCCCCUGACAAUCGCACAACCACAAGAUGGCCAUCUGCAUCACCUUCGGGACUCAUGAAUUCACAUCCAUGCUAGAAGGCUACGAGAAUGUCCGCGCCUACUGCUACAACUGCCAACAUUGGAACGGACACUGCCUAACAAGAUGGCCCUGGUUCACCGUCUGCUUUGUGCCCGUUAUCCCUCUCGCCAUGCACAAAUACAAGGAAGUAACCUGCUACACAUGCCGCUUCACGCAGGAUCUAGGGGACCGUCCGGAUAUCACGCCGGAUACGAGACCGCCGCCGGGCGUCAUACCGGGGCAAUUGCCGCCGCCACAGGCUGCGUAUGGGGGCGGGUCGCCGUACUAUCCCCCGCCCCAGGCCUCGGGAGCGGUGGCGCCGCAGCAGCAGCAGCAGACAGGGCAGAACUUUGUGUAUAAGUAGUUGGAGUGGUUUGAGGAGUCUGUUUGUUUGUUUAUUUGUUUGGUUUGGGUUCGGUUGGGUCGGGUCGCGUUAGUGUGGGUUUAUGCGUGGUUUACUGUGUUUGGAAGAUACCUCUUGCUUCCUGCUUGUUUGUGUAGUUUGAUCUAGCUGAUUUGCAUGCUGCGCUGUGUUGUGUUAUAGUUUAGCUCUGGAUUGGUGUUUAAUAUCAAAGUCUUAUCCGCU